CAGAUCAUUCGUGAAAGUCACCUCACUAUGUUGCAGACUUUUGGACACAGUGUUGUCCAAUAUAUACGACACGUUAGUCAACACCUCCGCACAAUAAUUCAGAGCAGAAGAAACUGAAGCAGAUCCUGAUUCCAGUGUGACUUUAUUGAUCCGUUUUACAACUCUUACACAAGUGAAAGGUGGGCACGGGGGGAGUGACAGAAACGCUUAAUUGGUCGGGCGUGGCCAUGCCAUUUGGCUGUUUAACGGUGGGUGAAAAGAAGGAAUACCACAAUCCUUCGGACGUGACGGAUAAGUAUGACCUGGGUCAGAUUGUUAAAUCGGAGGAGUUCUGCGAGAUCUUUAGGGCCAAGGACAAAGCCACCAUGAAAAUGUACACGUGUAAGAAAUUCCUGAAGAAAGACGGGAGGAAAGUCCGGAAGGCUGCCAAAAAUGAGAUCCUGAUCUUGAAGAUGGUGAAGCAUCCCAACAUCCUCCAGCUGGUUGACGUCUUCGAGACCAAAAAGGAGUACUUCCUCUUCCUGGAGCUCGCGACAGGCAGAGAGGUGUUCGACUGGAUUCUGGACCAGGGCUACUACUCGGAGCGGGACACCAGCAACGUGGUGCGGCAGGUCCUGGAGGCCGUGGCCUACCUGCACUCCCUGCACAUCGUCCACAGAAACCUGAAGUUGGAGAACUUGGUGUACUACAACCGUCUAAAGCACUCCAAAAUCGUCAUCAGUGACUUCCACCUGGCCAAGCUGGAGAACGGGCUGAUCAAAGACCCCUGUGGGACCCCAGAGUACCUGGCCCCUGAAGUGGUUGGCAGACAGCGGUACGGCAGGCCUGUGGACUGCUGGGCCAUCGGUGUCAUCAUGUACAUACUCCUGUCAGGCAACCCUCCGUUCUACGACGAAAGCGAUGACGACGAUUACGAAAACCACGACAAGAACCUGUUCCGAAAAAUUCUGGCGGGCGAUUACGAGUUCGACUCUCCGUACUGGGAUGAAAUCUCCGAUUCAGCUAAGAACCUGGUUGCUCGUUUGAUGGAGGUGGAUCAAGACCAGAGGCUGACGGCCCAGGAGGCCAUAAAUCAUGAAUGGAUCUCCGGUGGCGCAGCUUCUGAUAAGAACAUCAAGGAAAAUGUGUGUGCACAGAUAGAAAAGAACUUUGCCAGAGCUAAAUGGAAGAAAGCUGUGCGAGUCACCACCAUCAUGAAGAGACUAAGAGCGCCUGAGCAGAGCGUGUCGAAGCCCGCUGUCCCCGCAGCAGCUGCCGACCCCGCGGCUCCCCAGGCCUCUGCCAACCCCUCAGCACCUUCGUCUGCGGCCGGGCCUGAUGGCGCUCCCGAUGCCGCCGGAGAGGAGAAGAGCCAACAGGCGGCGGCCGAGGCGCCGGCCCCGGCCGAGGAGCCGCAGGUGGCCGAGCCCACGUCACGCUGCAACGGCGAAGCUUCUGCUGCGCUUCACACGGCUGGCGAGGCGAUGGAUGAGCAGGGUUAAAGCCCCGCCCUUACCGCCCACGGUACCAGCACGGUGCGAACUCUCCUCCUGCACACUGUACAUUAGCUGCUAGCAUGGUGACACUGACUCUGCUUCUUCCUCACUUGCAGCAUUAGCAUCAUCUCAUGAAGGCUGUGUGCUUCCUUCGCUGAGCGCUGCCUUUCUGUUUAUUCUAACCUGUACAGCGCUUUCUUGUUAAAUAAUCAAAUGUGUCUCAAACUUGAGCUUCAGAGAGUCAAACGAGUUCAACUGUCAAGCCGUUAGCUCACACCUAAAGCCUGCCAUUACAAAUGGUAAUGAGAGUGUAAAGAAGUGAGAGACAAUGUAUUAAAACUGAUUUUGAUUAGCGCUUAAUAAGCCGACAAGGGGGAAAUUGCAGAAAUGGUCCCCUGUAGGCCACCAUACUAAUCAACAAAACACAAGGUACUGCGCCUGGAAAAACAUUCACACCCUCGAACCGUUCCAGAUCCUCAUCAUCACAAACUGCAGUGGAUUUUAUUUGAUAAGUCAGAGUGAAAUAAUGCAUAACUAAUACGGCAGGAAGUGAUUAUGGCUUUCAAAAUAUCUACAUCGAACAUCUGCAAAAGCUCAGUCAGACUGACUAUUGGGCAUCUGUUAACAUCAAAUUAUGAUUCUUAAUUGGAUUCAGGUUUGUACUUUGACUAGACCAUUCAAACACACGAAUACGCUUUGUUCAAAACCACUCUCUCGUAGCUCUGACUUUGUUGAGGGUCAUUUUUCUGCUAAAAGUUGAAUUUGGCUCCAGUUUUAAGUUUUGCGUAGUCUGAACUUUCUAUCAAUGAUGUCAUCUUUUCUGCUCCAUAAAAUAAUAAUAAUAAUAAUAAUAAUAAUAAUAAUAAUAAUAAUAAUAAUAAUAAUAAUAAUAAUGUAAUGUAGGUUUGAACUUUUUUGUCAGUUUCAAAAUUAUUUUUCGCUUCAAAAUUAUUUAGUGAGUUUCAAAAUGAAGUAUCUGGAAAGCAGUUUUGAAGACUUCUCAUUUUCAAAACUAUCAGUUUAAAAAUUUGGGGGUUUUUUAUGUUCAAAACUUUGUUUUCAGCUUUCAAAUCAAUUUUAUUCAAGUCGGGGGGAGGGGGGAUCAAACAAACUUAAUGGUCACAAUUUAGCUCCAUACAUUUCCAAUCGGAGAAAAUGAUCAAAAGGUGUGAAUAUUUCUUCAUGGCAUAAUGUGUGUUUUCUUUCCACACGAGAAAUACUUGCACCUUUUCAUUCCUUCAGCGUCUUGACUUCCUGUUAUUGUCCACUGAGCACCGGAGCGGCUGGGAGUUCUUACACCCGGUUCUGUACCUUUGAACGAGGCAGCUUCACACAUAAGCACACAGACGCCAUGUUUCCUUUGCUACUUUGCUCAGGAAAUAAUCUCCUGGCUGUUAAAUGUAAAGAGCCUGUACAUAGAGACCUCUGUAGAAGUAGCUAAAAACAGCAUGCAUAGUUUCCCACUUCGUAGAGAGAGAGCUACGCUGUCGCCGACUACGUCUAACCGAACGCCGCGAAAGCUUCGCCCAUAGAGCGCGCUGUGGCACAUUACCGCCCCCGUGUGGUCACGGCAGGACCAACACGGUUCUUAAUGCAUAGCAGUUGUUAAGCAUCGAAAUGAUCGGUAGCUGUUUGUUUUCCUGAACACGCCACAUCCCGACGCCUUCAAUAAGCCGAUGUCAGCCGUUUUUCUUCUGCCAGAUCUCCGCUUGCCUCUUUGCUUUUACUUGAUCCUGAUAUUUGUGCUCUGAUGCUGUAUCAAAAAAAAAGAAAAAAAAAAAAAGCCACACAUGUCUUAAUAUUUGGCUGAAACUGUAAAAUAAUUUCUAAAAAAAAAAAAAAAGACAAAAAAAGCAUUAACCAGGCGAAUGUGAGGGAAGGGUUUUUUCAUUGACGUUUUUCUUUUUGCUAUUUGUUUUGCUUUAUUGUUAUUUUUGUUUUAUCUACAGUGCCCUCCCACUUAUGGUAGUCCUGGUAAAGAUGUCCAAAAAGCCUUAAAUAAUAAUACAUAAUUAGUAUUGUCGCAGCAUUUCGCAGACCUUCUGCAGCUCCAACCAGAUGGUUAGGAGCUUUUUUCAACAGUCGGCACAGACAGAGAGAGAGAGAUCUUCCUUCAGUAUGAUCUCUUCUUUUCAGCUCACCUGACAUUGAUGUGGGCUGAGCUGUGAACACUUUAUGUGUUGAACCAUUUCUGGGUUGACCGGGCCACAUUUUAACAUUUUGUUCGGCUGGACAUUUAGGUAUUUAGUGAAAGUCACCAGAUUGAUAUUUAACAUUUUGCUUAUAAAAAUGCCUCUCUAAUUCUCUGACAGUGAUUUUGGGAUAUUUUUUAUCCACCUCUUUAACCACCAAAGAGUGAGACAUCGGUGAUUUUGUUAAAAACAUUGUGUAUUU